AUGGCGAUCGAAGGGACGGCGAACGCGCCGAGCGGAGCGGCGGUGCGGGGACACGCGAGGUGGGACGCGAGGCGGUUGUUUCAUGAAGUCGCGGUGAGCGUGCGAGACGUGAACGGGGGAUUGAGCGCGUCGCGGUGCGAGUUGUUUCACGCGUGGACGGUGCCGGUGUUCAACACGACGACGAAUGUGACGACGAUUGAGUGGAAGAGCGCGCCGGCGACGACGAGACGCGAGCGAGACGAAGAGAGCGACGCGAGAGCGACGAAGAGAGCGACGACGGUGGUCAUCGUCGGACCGUAUGAAAAAGGGUAUCUGAUCACGCCAAAGUGUCGGGGCGUGGGGAAAGGAGGGACGAUCAAGUACGCGGUGUCGGCGACGAGUUCAUUUCAGCCGAAACUCGCGGCGCGUCUCGUGGCGGGCGUCGCAUUGUUGCUCGUUGCCCCGGUCGUGGCGAGUUCAGUGACGUGCUUUUACACAGUUGCCAUGACACUGUCGACGUUGGCUUUAGUGCUGAUCGUAAUACAUAGAUUUUCGCGAGCGAUACCCGGGGGUCGGAUGGUGAAGCGCACCACCGCGUUUGCGGCGUUUGCGACGUAUCACUUUGUGCCUGACGAACAAUGGCAAAACAUCAUGGAUAUGUACUGGAAAAUGUCAACAAAACCGAUCAUGUUGGUGCUAAAUUUGAUCAAAAGACGUUACGCCAACGCUAGCUUAGAAAGUAUCAUCGUUGAAGAUCCCUGGGCGCUGUACAGCGCACUGACCGGUUUCGGAUUGCUCGUCCUCGGCGCCGGCGUCGGUCGUUGGCUCGUGCAAUCCUUCGUCUUGGACGCCGUCACCGGCGGUGUCGCGGGAUCAGUGCGCUCAACUGUGACGAUGGUCAUUCGCAUCGUCGGUUGUGGUUUGAUUCAGUUUAGCUCGCGUGAUGUACCGUGCGCGACAGCCAUGGUCGCGUGCGCCGCGACGUAUGGCUUGUACGCGCCCGUCGUGCGCGCUUCCGAUCGCAUCGUCGAUGCUGCCGGUCGUUUAGUGCGCCGCGGAGGCGCAAGUGCUUUGCACGAAGAUCAUGAGCAUCAACUGAGCGAUUCAGACUCGGAAGAGCGCGAAGACCAGCUUUUCUCGCUCGGUCUUCGCCGCCGCUCUCGGCGCCCGCUUCCUCCGACGCUCGAUCCCGAUCCUCGAACGCCGCCGAGACGCUUGGACGCGCGCACUUUGCGUUCGCCGACCGUCCAACGUCGUUCGUUCUUCCCCGGGAUGUUUUCAUGGAGCAACAAGAGCGCGUCCUCGAACGAAUUUGUCACCGAAACCGGCGAGGACGAUCGGCGUCCUCCCGUCGGCUCCGCCGCCGCCGCCUUCGGCCGCUUCCUCUCCGCCGACGAGCACGAGCACGCCGGACGCAUUAAAACCGACGACGCGUUAGAACAAUUAGCCCGCUCGCCCGAGUUUGCGACCUGGCUCGCGAAGAACGCCCACAGAGUGCGCGUGACUCGCGAGCUCUAG